UUGGUGAUUGAUUAAUAAGCUUUGACUCACAGAUAGCCCGAUUUGUUGAUCCCAGAGUUUCUUGAUCUUCGGCUCUUGAACUCUUGCCCACACGGAACUAGCGCCGGCGGAAGAUUGUGUUUACAACAUGGCUGAGAAAUUCAGUAUUGUAGACUAUGUAGUCUUCAGCAUCAUGCUUCUUAUUUCUGCAGCCAUCGGGAUUUGGUACGGUUGCGGUCCAGGAGGGAAGCAAACGACUACCAAAGAAUACCUUCUUGCAGACCGUAAGAUGCGAAUUAUACCAGUGGCUAUCUCUCUGCUUGUCUCGUAUCUCUCUGCUAUCACGCUACUCGGAGUACCAUCUGAGAUUUACACGUACGGAGCACAGUACUACGUUAUUAUCGUCUCGUACUUCAUUAUCUGCGGAGUUGUAGCCGUUAUUUUUGUUCCGAUGUUCAGAAGGAUUAACAUUACAUGUGCAAAUGAGUACCUUGAGCGUCGCUACUCUGUUGGGGUCAGGAUGGUCGGCUGCAUUUUCUUCAUGCUUGAAUAUACCUUGUAUCUGUUUGUGGUUCUCUAUGCUCCUUCAUUGGCUCUUGAAGCAGUUGCUGGUAUUCCACUGUCUGCCUCGAUUCUCACUACUGGUAUUGUGUGUACCUUCUACACAAGCCUGGGUGGUCUAAAGGCUGUCAUCUGGACAGACGUGUUCCAGUCCGUUGUCAUGGUAGCAGGAUUGAUCAUUGUGGUCAUUGUUGGCAGCAUUGAGGUGGGAGGACUGUCCAAAGUAUGGCAAAUCAAUGAGGAUUUCGGCAGAAUGACGUUCUUUGAUUUCAACCCAGACCCCAAGGUUCGCAGCACAUUCUGGACUUUGACCCUUGGAGGUGCAUUAACCGCAAUGCCUGUCUGGACGGUCAGUCAGACCGCUGUACAGAGAUUCCUAUCUGUACCGACCUCCGCCGCAGCGAGAAAGGUGGUUUGGCUAAACGUCCCUGGUCUUCUCUUCAUCGUCACGUUAUGCUGUCUUGAUGGUCUAGUCAUCUUUGCUGUUUACGCGGGAUGUGAUCUUAGAAAAGACAAAAAAAUUACAAGCAACGACCAGGUUCUUCCAUAUUUCGUCAUCAAUAAACUUGGACACUUGCAAGGGCUGCCGGGAAUGUUUACCGCCUGUCUUUACGCAGGCGCACUAAGCACUGCGUCGUCAGCUUUGAACGCCAUGGCUCUAGUCAUACUUGAAGAUAUCAUCAAAAAGAAGAUGCGUGAUAUAUCAGAUGCAGAUCAGGCGAAAAUCUGCAAAGUUAUUGCUCUGUCUUUUGGUGUGAUUGUCAUUGGAGGCGCGUUUGUCGUAAAAUAUGUAGGAACAAUGGUACUACAGCUUGCAUACAGUAUCUUCGGUAUUUGCGGUGGUCCUCUCCUCGGUAUCUUUUUGCUUGGCAUGUUCGUUAGAAGAGCAAAUUACAAGGGAGCAUACGCAGGGAUCUUUGUGGGUGCUGGUAUGACGACAUGGGUAUUUCUAGGAUCUAUUAUCUACCCUCCCAACAAGUACCCUGGUAGAAGAUCCGUACAGGAGUGUCCCUGGUUCAAUGCUACACUCACUAACAGCACGGGAAUCAUCGAGAAUGACUGGAAACCACACAGUGACGGCAUAGCUGACUUCUACAGCAUCUCAUAUCUGUGGUUCUCUGGACUGUCUAUCAUGGUGUCCUUCGUGAUUGGCAUAAUUGUCAGUCUCGUUACAGAAACAAAGGCUGACCGCGCUUACGCAGAGGAACUGGAUCCCAAGCUGUUGUUCCCAACCAAGGAUUGGUUGCUAUCGUGGUUGCCUGGAUACGACUUUGAAUGGGACAUCGAAGAGGAGAAACCACAUGACAUUUCCCCUGCUAUUUCGGUCAUUAAGAUUGGUGACUGGGGCGACGCGGAUGACGACGUGUCUGAUGAAAAGAAGAAAUCGAAAAGUUCAGAUGAAAAAAUGGAAGACACAGCUUUGUAACUACUGGAUGACUGACUGACUACUGGGUGACUGACUGACUACUGGGUGACUGACUGACUACUGGGUGAC